UUGCCCUUGAAGUGUUCGAUCAAAUUCCUGUGCCAGUUUUCGUUGCAUAUUUCUGCCUUCUAGAACUGAAAUGAGAAAGGAAGAGUAUAGAGCUUGCAAGUCUCAGAUUCGCCACGGCACUUGAACGGAGUUUCGGCAUUUUUUGAAAUCAAGAUAAGAGUGUGAGGCAGGGGAGAGUCGGGUGGUGGGUGUGGCUAGUUUUUGCUCAUCGACUUGUUUCUACCCUCUUAGGAGUCAUUGACAUGAAGAUACUAGUCCAUGAAAAUUUCUAGCGAGCUGCUUCACGGGGGAACUUAAACUGUGUCUAACAAAAAUAACGUGAUUUUUAUUCUUAAUGAUUUGGGUCUGACUAUGCUAGGAAACCGCUCGAGGAGAAAGGGGAUGCACUUUAUAUAUAGGGUUCCUGCUCUGACUACAUGCUAUAUGGCGAUGCCUAUUUUAUGGUGUUAGAAUGUUACUAGUCAGCGCAGAGUUGACAUGAGAACGCUAAAGUUUACUGAAGCAGUAAUCUAGUUUGGCUGUUUUAGUUUGGGCUAUGAUAUUUAGCAUUACAUAUGAAACCAAACCUCUUGUGUAAAGGAAAGUGGCGGGCUUUGUCAUCUUCUCGACUUGAGCGAAGCAAGCGAGGUGCGAACAUGUGCCUUUCUGUUUCUUCCAGAGCCACAAAAACCGGCCAAAUGGCCAUUUCUACUCCUUUGCAAUUUCCCUUCACAUCAACUCUUGGGGUAAGAUCAAAAUUGCCAUCCACCUGUGCUUUGGCUGAUUCCAGACCAUCAUUAGGCAGUGAAUGCUCUCUACUCUAUGGCAAUACUCAUAGGCAGUCCCACGUUGUUAGAGCUGUAGAAGAGAGCCAGGAAAGCACUGAAACGGAUGUUCAAAACAGUGACACUGUUAAAGAGGUCAAAUCGAUUGACCAACAACCAAGCCAGUCGACUGCAGAGUUGACCGAGCUGGGGGCCGAGAUAAAGAAAGCAUUGGAGCAGAGGAAGGAGAAAGCAGACGACAACUUGUUGAGUGGUGUGGUAGAAGAGAUUGGGGAGAUUGAGUGGCCUGCAUUUGGUAAGGUGUUGGGAACUACCGGUGUUGUCUUGGGCGUAAUUGCUGGAUCGAGCGUUGCCUUGCUCACCGUGAAUGCAGUUUUGGCAGAGCUGUCUGACAAAGUUUUCGCAGGUAAGGGAAUCCAGGAUUUCUUUGGUUAGAGGUGGGAAAAAGGUACAGAGCGUGGAAGGUUUGUGAGGCCGAGGAACCUUCCUCAUGGGACAAGCUAAGGUGUUUUGCUCACCCCCUCGAGAAUUGAGAUAAGUAUUAUGUUGGUUGGGUGAGGCUUUCGUGUUCCACAGCACAGUGUACUAAUCUCGUAUUUCAUAAAGUCAAAUGCAUCUGUUCGUUGCCGGGCAAGCAGUUUUGUAUCUAUCCAAAGUCUUGUAGAAGUAAUGAUAAAGCUGCUGAAUGUAGACAAGAUCAAUCCUCUAUAUUCUUAUUCCAUUGUAGAUGAAGACUUCGGGCAUGAUUGAAUCAAUAGAAGACUGUUGUUACA